AUGAGGUUGCCUGUGGCCCUGGCCCCUUGUCCGCAUAGGCUGCACUUUGGUUCAUACCCCUCCAACUUCAGCAAACCAUUUCCGAAAGCGGUGCUGGGGGCAGCAUGCAGAAGAUUGGCGCAUACAGCAGACUCGAUUGCGGUUCGUGAAAACCCUCGAACUUCAAGCGUGGAACCGAAUCAAGCGAGCUUGCCUCACAAGCGGCUUCCACAACCCUCGCCGGAGCAGCAGGUCGCGAUUGAUACUCUGCUACACACGGACAGCAAUAUCAUCAUAGAUGCAAUCGCCGGUUCGGGAAAGACAACUACGAUUCUUCACCUGGCGCAGUCCUCUCCAGACACCAACUUCUUGGUCCUCGUCUACAACCGUCGGCUUAUGUUGGAAACUGAGGAGAGGGUGCAGGGUUUGGGGUUGCACAAUGUCACCGUUUUGAAUUAUCACGCCCUAGGGGCCAGAUACUACACUCCAGAGUGCGCGACUGACCAGGGCCUGAAGCGUGUCGUUGAAGAGGACAUGUCCGUCAUUGAGGGCUUGAGUUUGCCGGAAUUUUCCGUCCUGGUCAUGGAUGAGCAACAAGAUAUGACGCCGAUCCUGAAGCGGUUUGUUGAUAAAAUCAUCCUCGAUAAGGGCUUCAUCGGGCCGGGGCGUGUAUCUUAUGAUCGACCCAACCAGCUGAGGGUAGUGGUGCUGGGCGACAAAAGGCAGGAAGUGUACUCCUUCAACAACGCUGACUCCCGUUUCCUUACCAUGGCUGCUCGCCCAGAGGUGUUCGGUUAUCUCAAUAACAACGAGUGGACAGCGGCAGACCAGACAACGUCCAACAGGGUUACUCAGCAAAAUAUUGACUUCAUCAACCAGCAGAUGUUGAAGCAGCCACUCGGAAUGGCCAUGCGUGCUGUCAGGAACCACAGUCAAGAUGGCACCCCGUAUCCGAAACCGCGUUACAUUAUAUGUGACCCGUAUGAAGAUAUCCUAAGCGAGGUCCUGCGGCUCCUGGACACAUGUGGGCUGUCCCCAACCGAAAUCAUUGUGCUGGCACCAUCAGUCCGGGGAGCAUCACCGGCCAUUUACCUGGCCAACCAUCUUGCAUUGAGGGGCAUACCGGUAUUCAGAUCAGAUUCGGAUGUCUCUGAUAUUGCCCCCGGAACAAAGGGCAUAGAACGCAGAGCGUCCAUAGUGCUGGGCUUCGACCAGGGAUACCACACCUGGUUUGACAAAACAGUAAACCCUCGCACAGCAGUCAGCAACCCGCAGUACGUGGCUGCAACUCGUGCGCUAGAGCAUCUAGUACUCAUCCAUGAUUCGAGAAGAGCCGCGCUUCCAUUCGUCGACUUAGACAAAGUCGGCGACACUUGCGAGCUGCACACGAUACGUCCCCUCCGGGUAGAACCACCAACACCACGAGAACGGAUACCAGCCUUCAGCGUCACUGCGCUCUGCCGGAACCUUUCUGAGACCCUGAUCACCGAUUGUCUGGGCCGGCUCGACUUCAGACUGCUGGCCGCGCCCGCCUACGGCGUCCCACCUCCUCCGACCGAGAUCCAGGACCGAUCGGGGCUGCUUGAGGGAGUCUCAAGCAUUACGGGGACUGCGGCACCUGCUGUGUUCCAGUGGCGUCAAAGGAGGCAAACAAGCAUCAUAUCCGGACCUCUGAAGUUGCUACGACCACCAAAAUGCCAAUCGAGGAGAAGAAAUCCUUUACGAGAGCUGCCGGAAGCCCUGUAUCAAAGGCUCGAGCUCGCCGAGGCAGCAUAUACCGGCGGGGUCUUCACCACAGCCGACAUCCUGUACCUCGCCAACCUGGAGAUGGCAGCCAAGGACAAAGACAUCACCAAGCUCCUGGCAAUCCCACUGGACCAGUAUGACUGGCUGUCAGAAGCCCACUGUAAAGACAUACACUACACACUCAACAGCCUCCCCGCGCCAGCCAAGAUCUCUGGGCGGGGGAUCCACUUCGAACUCAUAAAAUACCGAAAGUUCCUCGACAUCACGCACGGCGGCGGACCAACAAGCCCCGUGAAGAAGCAAGGUGUGAUCGUCACGGGGGCGAUGGACAUUUGCCGCCCGCGAGGCGCCAGCAAGACGGUCUGGGAGGUCAAGUACACCGAGUCGCUGCAGCCGGAGCACCUGCUGCAGACCGCCCUGUACAUGCUGCUCCUCGGCGAGCCGGCCUCUGGGUUCCUGGUUUCUGCGCGCACGGGACAGACGGUUCAGGUCUUGCCGAGGACGCAGAGAUCGCUCAGGGAGAUAUUGCAGAUUCUCGUCGAUGCGAAGUCUGGAGGGGAGCAGACGAGACUGCUGAAUGCUUACUCAGAUGAGGAGUUCCUGGCUGAGUGCGGGAGAGACUUCGAGGGGCUGGUCGGGAAGUGCGCUCUGCCAAAGUGGUUCGCGAUGAGGCCAUCGGGAUCCAAGUUCAAGAAGAGAAGGAGGGAGAAACAUGGCUGA